AUGAUCCGGCACAAGGACAAGAUCAUCGCCCUGAUCUCUAUUUGCACCUUGAUUGUCUGCGCUGUGACAAUGGUGAAAUUAUCCUCAUUCACCCUGCUGGCACAAGACUCUAAGACAAGCUAUCGUGAAGGGUUGAACCGGCAUGUUCUUGACACAUGGAGUACCGAUGGAGCCAUGGAACAACUGGCACGGUAUAACAAGCAUCUGAAUAACAACAAGCAACCAAUAACAGUCGACCCAGGAAACUUCUCUACCGUAACAGAAUGGUGGCAGGCAGCCGCUAUGUUCGCCUGGUAUAUCAGAUCCCCCUUAAGAUAUCAAUGCAAACAGAAUCUAACAAGGUUCGGUGGAUGGGGACUAUGUCAGGAUGAACCAUACACCGUGAAAGCUCCAUGCCUGGUUUAUUCUUUUGGAAUCGCCUACGAUUUUUCAUUUGACGAUGCGAUUGGCAAACUUGGAUGUGAUGUGCGUUCUUUCGAUCCCAGCAUGCUAAAAGUCACUGACCACAGGCGCAGCCAGAACGUCCACUUUUACCGGUACGGGCUGAGUGACCAGAACACGAAUGCCUUCAUUCCGGAUUUUGACGAGUAUGUGAAACAAAAUCAGUCGUGGAAGGUGCGAACGUUGAAACAUUUAGUCGGAGAACUUGGACAUCAAGGGAAGACAAUCGAUGUCCUUAAGAUCGACAUUGAGACUACAGAAUGGCAGGUCCUUGACAAUCUGAUGGAGACUGAAAUGCUUCAGUACGUCCGACAUCUGCUCAUUGAAUACCACUUUUUCCCCAAAAGACCGCCAAAGUCUAAUUUUGUUCAUUAUUUUCAGGUCCUCACCAAAUUAAGACAAAUGGGAUUUCGAGAAUACUAUAACAAACCCCACUCAGAGUUUCUGAUUCCAGAUGCCUACAGACACCAAGGAGAGACGUAUUACGUCAAUGCCAACUUCAGACCAAGCAACAAGGGUGCGGAAUAA